UGUGUGUGUUAGCUGAGAUUAAUUGUGGUUGAUGUUUCUCUUUCAGCUCACGCUGGGGCCUGCUACCCAAAGCAAGACCCGGAGCGUGGCGGUGGUCACAUGAUCUCCACAGAUGACCUGGAGUACCCACGGGAGUACCGGAGCCUGGGCAGCGGCGGGCGCCGCUUCUCCAACGUGGGCCUGGUGCACACGUCCGAACACAGACACACGGUGAUGGCCGCCCAGAGCCUGGAGGCUCUCAGCAACCUGCACAAGGCUGAACUGGAACGGAAACGCGACGCCUUCAUGGACCAUCUGAAGAACAAGUACCCACCUCAACACUCGCUCCCCCCGUCACCGUCUCCAUCCCACGGCAGCAUGAGGGGCAGCUCGGAGAGGAGCGCACGUGAGCAGCAACAGCCAAACUACUGGAGUUUUAAGAGUCGCAGUCCUCGUCAUUCCCAGUCCACUCAAUCCGGCUUGGCCGACCAGGCCUCCAAACUCUCCUACGCCUCGGCGGAGUCUCUGGAGACCAUGUCUGAGGCCGACAUGCCGCUGGGAUUCAAUCGCAUGAACCGCUUCCGCCAGAGUCUGCCACUGUCUCGGUCUGCCAGCCAAAACAAGCUACGUUCUCCAGGCGUCCUGUUCCUGCAGUUUGGUGAUGAGACCAGGCGUGUCCACAUCACUCAUGAGCUGACCAGCAUGGAGACUCUGCACGCGCUCAUCGUACACAUGUUCCCUCAAAAGUUGACCGCCAGCAUGCUCAAAUCCCCCAACACAGCUAUCCUGAUCAAGGACGAGGCGCGCAACGUCUUUUACGAGCUGGAGGACGUGCGGGACAUCCAGGACCGGAGCAUCAUCAAGAUCUACCGCAAGGAGCCCAUCUAUGGUACCUACACAGCGGCCGCACACCUGGCCAACGGAGACCUGCGGAGAGAGAUGGUGUAUGCAUCACGCGAGUCGUCACCCACCCGCCGCCUGAACACCCUCCCGUCAUCUGGCUCCUCCCCUUCGCCCUCGUCCCCCGCCCGCUCCCGUCUUUCCUACAGCGGUGGUCGUCCUCCGUCCUUCGCUGGGUCUCAGCACGGGCAUCACGGACACCACGGGUCUCCGGCUCACGGAACAGUGGGCAUGACCGCAUCGCCCUCGGCCAUCCUGGAGCGCCGCGACGUCAAACCGGAUGAGGAAGUCGCCGCCAAGAAUGCACUGUUAAAGAACGAAAGCCUGUACGCUGACCCCUACAGCCUGGUGCCUGACGGGCAUCGUCUGAGCAUCGCAUCCAUGGGGGACCCGAUGGGCAUGCCGGUACCUGGAGGGCUCUACCGGCGUGGCUCGGUGCGCUCUCUGAGCACGUACUCAGCCGUGGCCCUGCAGGGUGAUUUGGACGACCCGCUGUAUAAGCCAGGCGCCCCGCUGUACCCGGACGCCUACCCCACACUGGGCGCCGGUUUCAGGCUGUCGUCUUCUUCCUCUCCGCAGAAGAUGUCCGACUCAUAUUCUGGCACGCUGAGUCGUAGUUCACCGGUUAAACAGAGCUUUAGGAAGGACUCGUCCUCGUCUGUGUUCGUGGAGAGCCCUAAAUCGAGACCGGGCUCCAGUUCUGAGCCGCUGAGCGGAGACGGAGGCAGAACGAUGUCCGGCUUCGGGAAUGAGACGGACACACGCAGGGAUCGUAUGGAGGCAAUGGAAAAGCAGAUAGCGAGCCUUACAGGCCUGGUACAGAGUGUCCUAACCCGAGCACCAGACAGUGACAGCACCGAGAAGACGGAGUCCACCAGCGACGGCUCAGCCACAGGAACUCUGACCCCGUGUGCCCCGCUGGCCCUGAUGCCUCCUCCGCCGUCAAGCCCGCAUGCAAACGCCGUGUCCAAGCUCCAGAUGCAGCUGCACCUACAUGAGCUCAAGCAGAACGCCACCGACCUGCGCAAACAGCUCGCCCAGCUUCGCAAGAUGCAGUUACAGAACCAGGAGUCGGUGAGGUCUCUGGUGAAGAGGACGGAGGCCGAGCUGAGCAUCCGUGUGUGUGACGCUCUGAGGAAACAGGAGGACCCUCUGCAGAGACAGCGCCUCCUAGUGGAGGAGGAGAGACUCAAAUACCUCAAUGAGGAGGAGCUCAUCAUCCAGCAGCUGCAUGAUUUGGAAAAGUCGGUGGACGAGAUUCAGAAGGAGAAUGCAGUGAAUCACAGACACGUUACAGUGCAGGAGCUGGAGGAGAAAUCCACCGUACUGAGGAGGCUCGGCGAGACGCUCACUGAGCUCAAGAAUCAGUUCCCGGGGCUGCAGAGUAAGAUGCGAGUGGUGUUGAGGGUGGAGGUAGAGGCCGUCAAGUUCUUGAAGGAGGAACCUCACCGACUUGAUGCUUUGCUAAAGCGCUGCAAAACCAUCACUGACACACUAACCACACUCAAGAGGCACAUGAACGAGGGUUCAAGAAAGAACAUGGAUGAAUACUCCAGCCCCUCUUCCAAACACAGUGGGGAUGACUACAGGAAAAACGCUGACUUCGACAUUCCCACCAGCCCACCGCUCAACCUUAACGAGACCAGUCUGGCCAACUGGAGCCCUCAUGGACACGGCCACGCCCACAACAACCCAUCAUCGGGGCAGCAUGGGUCACUGAAGGGCCGGGGCCUGGAGGAGCUGGGGGGACGAGCUGGAACUGAUAAGGCGUCUUCAGUGGAAGUCAGACUGGCCGCUGAGAGGGACUGGGAGGAGAAGCGUGCCAGUCUAACCCAGUACAGCGCUCAGGACAUCAACCGGCUGCUGGAGGAGACGCAGGCAGAGCUUAUGAAGGCCAUCCCGGACCUGGACUUCGCUGCAAAGCAGAUCAAACCAGCCCAGAACCAAAGCCAGAUCCAGAACCAGAUGGACUCGCCGGUUAGCACCAACGCCACUCCCGAACACAAAUCCAGCAAAGCCCAGCACACCGCGCACAAAGUCUCCGCCAAGGACGCGGGAAACAGGCGAGGAUCGGACGAGCUCACUGUGGCGAGGUAUCGCACGGAGAAGCCGUCCAAAUCGCCCCCGCCUCCACCCCCCCGGCGGAGCUUCCCCACCUCACCGGGUCUUGUCGCCCGCAGUGGGGAGAUGAACAUGUCCAACAAAAGCAUAAAGAAAUCAGAGUCAGAGGAGACGGAGAUUCAGAAGCCGCACGCGAAGUUGAGGAGGAGCGUGUCUGAAGCUCCACGGUCGGCCUCCACACCCCCGACGGUGAUGGGAGGGGAGAGGGAGGACGGAGAGGCCGAGCAGAUCGCUGCAGAACUAGAGAGCGGUGGUGGGAAGGCAAUUUCUCGACUCAAGCAUCUCCAGCAGAGCGGCUCCGACAAGAGCAAAGUGAGCAAACAGAGGGACGACUUUCUGAAAAGCCAGGGACAACAACAGCCUUGACUCUGACCCCACACAGCAGUGAGGAGCCACUUCACAUGACCUAACCCUACCUUCCUCUUGUCCUUUUCCUCGUCAUCAUUUACCUUGGAGCCUCCUCUCACUAUGACCCCUUGCCCCAAUAUGAAAGAGUCCCACCCUCUUGCUCUUUCCAUAAAAAGUGUGUCUAUGGAAGAUAGACAUUUAUCCAUAAACUUAAUAAGGAAACUGUAAAUCAUCUUGACUUUCUUCUCUCUUCUCUCUCUUCGGCUCUCUCCUAACUUACUGCUUAUAGAGAGAGUUGUUUCUGCUCCCCAGUACCCGAGCUGCUAGCUUCUCUGGCUGCCAACCCUCUGCGAUCC